AUGCCUGUGCGAGUCUGCCUGUGUCUCCAUAACCUGGAGAUGAAGCACCUCCCUGGUGCUGACCCUGAGCUUGUGCUCCUCAGCCACCGAUAUGAGGAGCUGGAGAGAAUACCUCUCAGUGACAUGACCCGGGAGGAGAUCAACCAGCUGGUGCAGGAGUUGGGCUUCUACCGCAAAGAGACACCUGAUGCCCCUGUGCCUGAGGAGUUCCAGUUUGCACCUGCUAGGCCUCUGCCCACCCUGACACCCCGCCAAGCUCCUGCUGCUGGUGGCAAGACCCCACCUGAGCAUGCCAAGAGAGAACACCAAGACCUCUAG